AUGAAGCACUUCCUCCUGCUCGCCGUCUUCCUGGGCCUCGCCCUGAUGGUGUCCGCCAACGCCCGUUCGCCUCUUGCGGUUCUCCAGACUGCCCAGCACCUCGCCAGGACCAUGAGCCCGCCCCAGGAGCCGUUCAGCUUCUCCUGGCUCGAGCAGCGACCCACCGUGCUCCUCGCCCUCGAGGUCAACCCCGACCCCAUCGUGCUCGGCGCCGAGGCCCACGUUGCCGCUAAGGUUCACCUUAAUCUCGCAGAAUCGAAAGAUAUUAAUCGUUGUACUUCCUCCACGUCAGGCGAGACUGUGUCUGAGGGCUCGGGUCACACCGUGAGCCUCGAGAUCUACAAGAAGUUCUUUGGCGCCUGGAUCUACGUGCCUUGCGUUGAGAACGUGGGUUCCUGCACCAUCUCCAACAUCUGCGACAAGAUCCACAACGGUAGCGACUGCCCUCUUGCCCCGUGGGGAGUGCCUUGCACGUGCCCCUUCAACGCCGCUACCUACACCAUUCCCCCUCCCGGCGUCGCCAUCAAGCUCCACAACCCCAACCUCAGCUGGCUCACCGACGGUGACCUCAAGGUGAAGGCCACCCUCAACGACGCUAGCGGCAAGAGGCUGGCGUGCUACCAGAUCAUCGCCUCCAUCACCACCUCCUAA